CUCAUCUCACUCCCUCCCGAACGCACGCCGACACGCAGCCAGCGAACAACAGGAACAACAUGAAGCUCGCCGUAGUUCUCGCUCUCGUGUCCUUGUCCGUGGCCGAGCAGGUGGCCCUCACAACCCCCCCUGUGGCCAUCCUGCGCAGCGCCCAGGUCAACCCCGACGCAUUCGGCGCCCACAGCUCCGACUUCGAGGCCGAGAACGGCAUCGCGUUCCAGUUCUCGGGCUCUGAGGGUGCCGCUGGCGGUGCCAAUAUGGUCGGAUCAUGGAGCUACCCCCUGGAGGAUGGCACUCUGGCCGAAGUCAAGUUCGUGGCCGACGAGAACGGCUUCCAGCCCGAGUCCUCCCUCCUGCCCGUGGCCCCCGCCUUCCCCACCCCAUCCCCCAGUUCGUCCUCGACCAGAUCGAGUUCGCCCGCCUCGAGGACGAGCGCAAGGCUCUCGAGGCUCAGCAAGCAGAAACGACGGAGGCUUAGACGAAGAAGGCUCAGCCCAUAGGCCUCUUGUUUCAGAGAAUUCGCAUUUUUGUGUUCAGUUGUUUCUUGUUAUGACUUUGUUUAAGGUAUGUGAAUAAUAUACAUAAUGGAAUCGCGCUGAUGACUUCUCGCUCCGUCAUCAGCAGAUGAGCUCCUGAAGCAAUUAAACUGUCACUGACA